AUGCCUCGUACUCUUCAGAAGGUGCACAAGCACAUUGCUAAGAAGCGUCAUGGUGUGGUCGACUCACUCCAUGAAAAUAGUCGAGAUGCCCGACGUUUGCGCCGUGCUGGCGCCCGGGACGACCGUCUGUCCCGCCAUACGGCGAUGGUGCUGAAAGCUCGCCAACCUUACAUGGACCGAAUUGAAUAUUUCCACGAAGCCGUUCAAGCCAUCGACCAACCGCUAUCCGAUGCCGAGCUGGCGGAGAUUGUCACACAAUGCAUCAACCGAGACGCAGAGGAGCUCGAGAAACUUCAACAAGAGCGUCGAAAAGGCCGCCCCCCGAUUAAACGUGAAGAGGCGUUGACACAGCGGACAGAAACGGAGCAGAAGGAGUUCAAGACUGGGUUCUGGGUGCCUGAAUUGGGCGACGCGGAUGUACUCCAUGCAUUGAAGCACUGGAAUGGCGAAUGGACAGGUCUCAGCUCUAUGAAGUUCUGCCGCCUGACUCAAGAUGGCGUGAAGCAAUCCUCGAGCUUUCCGCCCAAGGGCAUGUCAUGA